AUGGACUCGAGUAAUCCACCAAGAAAGGCAUGCGACCUAUGCUAUACCCGCAAGCUCAAGUGCGACGGGCACCAACCCCGUUGCUCCAAUUGCGUCACCUAUGCAAGAGAGUGCACGCAUGCUGCUGCUCCCCGUCGCAAGAAGCCCAAGGUACAACGUCAUAGCGCCACCCAAAAGCCGGAUAAUCCUUCAGCGCCAAGAAGCCAAUAUCAUGCGAUGCAUCGGGCCAAAAGGAUCGGGGAGAAGCCCGUCAGACGGGAAGCGGAAGCGCAGGUCGCAGCUGGAUAUCAAGCAGCAGAUGACUAUGGCCAUGACGAAGCAAUCGGCUCGGGCGCGAUGAAACUCCCCCCACUGCAAGAGGCCAUGGCCCUGGUUGGAAUCUUCCUGAGAACAUGCAACUCGGUCCUGCCGCUUUUCCACACAGACACGCUUCUACGCAUGGUCGGAAAGUGUUACGCCCUUCGACCGCGACAGCGCGACCCGGUCGUUUGGGCUGCCAUCAACGUCGUCUUCGCGCUGGCAAGCCAGCAUAUGCCAAGCGCCUCUAUCGAAGAUGGGGUGUUUCAGCACCAGACCUCACGCACGGCCGAGUAUUAUCUUAGCAAAGCACAAUCUGUCAUGGCGACGGUGAUGCAGAGCGAGACCCGCCUCUUGAACAUCCAGACCCUGCUGGGGAUGGUAAUGGUGCUGCAGACCUCGCGCGACCGCACUCCAUCAUUGAUGCUGAUAUCCGCGACCAUGCGCCUAGUGCACAAGCUGGGCCUCCACGACCGCUCUGCAUCGGCACAUCUAGACCCCGUAGCACGCAGACAGCACGCCCGCGUGUUCUGGAUAGCAUACAUCCUCGACAAAGACCUCAGCCUGCGUGCCCAAAUACCCUCCAUUCAAGCUGACGACGAUAUAGACAUCGACUUACCCUGUUCUUCGCCAGUGACCCCGGAAGACAACGACCACACGGCCGGCACCGUAGUUAUGACAGACGGAAAAGCAAGCAUGAAUUACUUCCUGGCCCGUAUCCAGCUUGCCAACAUUAAAGGCCGCAUAUAUACAUACCUCUACUCCAGACGAGCCCUGAACCAGAGUCCCCUGGACCGUAUCACGGCACGACAGGGUAUAAGUCUCGCACUGGAUGAAUGGCGCGCGUCCAUCCCGCUGCACUUCAGCGCCGCGGUCAUCACACAAAUAACAAAGAACCCCGCGAAUCUGGGCUUCUCCGUUGUCCUCCACGCCAGCAGUCUGCAGUGCAUGAUGCUCCUCAGCCAGGCGCAGGGCAUGGACGAGCAAUGGGUAACAGGCGUGCAGAACUACAGCCGUGGAGUAACAAGCGCCCUCCAGCUCCCGCCAUGCUGGGAAAUCCUUGUGCAGGAGGCGCGGGCUUUCAUGCUAUUGUUUCAAGAGGUCUGGGCGGGUGCUUGGUUCCGCUGGAUCGCGGCGUGCCCGUACGCGUCUGCUGCGAUGUUGCUGGCCGCGAAUAAUCUUCUCGACGUCCGUCAUUCGAAAGUUGACCUGGAUAUGGGGCUCGUUGAUGCUGCGCUUGUCUGGCUCGAUGAGAUUAUGGUGGAGUUGGCGUCAGAUGCUAUGAGGCGGUUUCGGGGAAUUUGUAUGGAGGCUGUGAGGACGGUGAAACAGAGACGCGCUGUGUAUGCUUUGGCUUGA